CUAGUGUAUAUAGGCCAAGUAAUGUGUUGUAAGGUGAAGCUCAUCCUAGUGUAUAUAGGCCCAAGUAUUUCAUCAAUUGAGCUUUUUCUUAGACAUAUUUUAGGCCUAAAGCCCAUGAUGACUAAUAAGAGACCACCAAUCCAUACACACACAGUCGCACAGUGGUCGAUAGUUUCAUACUUCAAGACUGAGAAAGACUAAUGGCGUGGUGCGCCGCCGCGAGGAGCUUCCACAUGCCGGCGAUCGAUGUCGGCUCUCUACGCUCUCGGGCGCCCUUAGCCGCCGGAAUCGGCUGCGUUUCCUUGGCUGGUGCUAACUUCCGCCGCUCCGGCCCGUCGCCGCCUUUUGCUUCGUUAGGCAUCUCUACUGAUUCCACUCCUGUUUUGAAGGAAGCUGUUCAGACAGAUAAAGCUCCGGCAGCAUUGGGGCCGUAUUGUCAAGCCAUCAAAGCAAAUAAUAUGCUUUUCAUGUCUGGGUGUCUUGGACUUGUUCCUGAGACUGGAAAGUUUGUCUCAGACAGCGUAGAAGAUCAAACUGAGCAGGUACUUAAGAAUAUGGGUGAGAUACUUAAGGCAAGUGGUGCCAGCUAUGCCUCGGUUGUGAAGACAACAAUCAUGUUGGCUGAUCUGAAAGACUUCAAGAAAGUCAAUGAAAUUUAUGCUAAAUAUUUUCCAGCACCUGCUCCAGCGCGUUCGACCUAUCAGGUUGCCGCCUUACCAUUGGAUGCAAGGAUCGAAAUUGAGUGCAUAGCCACACUGCAAUAGCACCUUCAGCUGUUUCUCCAAUAAUAGCCUGGAAUGGGGAUCUAUUUCUGAAUCAUAAUCAUUCUCCAUGAAUUCUUCACACUUAAUUUGGAGAAUUCAGACUUAACAGAGAUUUUCAAAUGAAAACCCUUUCCAUCUCUGCAAUCAAA